UCCGCCCACACCCAUCGCACUGUCUCUCUCUAUUACCCAUCUCAAUCUCUCAUCGUCUCUCUGUCUCCCACUCUUCACGUUUGCAGUCACCCGCCCUCGGCGUCUUCCGCUCUCCACCAUUGAUGUCUCCGGCUCUCCACGCUCGGUUUAUUCCCCUCUCCGCCCUCGAUGAAUAAUCGUAGCUUCCGCGUUUCCCGUUCACAGCCCUUGGCGUCUGCGGCUCUCUGCCUUCAGCGCUUUCAUGUUCGAAUCUCUUCUGUUUUGAAGGUAAUUUUCAACUGAACAACUUAUAAGCGAAAUAUUUAUUGAUUCCUAGUCUGAUUAACUCCUAACUUUCAAUAGUCCACCUAACAACUAGUCUGAACUUCUCCUGGCGAAAUACUUGGUGUAUGGACUGUAUUCUGCAACUGUAUAAAUAGUCCACCUGUUAAAAACCCUACUGUCAACGUAACAACUAACAGGAUUCAAGCUUUCAGAUUGCAAUAGCUGCAGAACUCAAAUUCGCGCACCCACUUUCUCCACAGUGCGUGCGUUUAUCUACAACGCACGCUUCAGAGCAUAGAAACCCUAAUUGGUUCCAGGUUGUGACAUGCACCCUGUUUUUCAAAAUUCCCACAAGCUGUUUGUAAGAUUUCCCAAACGAAUUUUCUCUGUCAGAACCUCAACAUACAAUGUAACUCGGAGCUCACAUUUCCAAGAUCAAGUCCAUUGUAUUUGUGGAAAUGAAGAUGAUAACGUAGUGUCGUGGACAUUGAUGAUUUCAAAUUUCGUGAAGAGAAAUCAGCCACAGAAGGCCAUUGAGCUUUUCAAGAGAAUGCUUACAAGCAAUCUAAAGCCCAACUAUGUGACAGUUCUAAGCUCCAUUCGAGCAUCUUCCUGUAUGGACUCAGACAAUUUGACAAUGGGGAUUCACUGUUUUGCUAUAAAAAUGGGAUUUGAAUUGGAAAUGCCUAUUAUAACAGCUCUUCUUGGUUUUUAUUCUGUUUGUGACAUGGAAGCUGCGUGGAAGUUGUUUCAACAGGCACCAGAGAAAGAUUUUAUUAUGUGGAGUGCAAUGAUUUCGGCUUUUGUGAAGAUUGGAGAGUAUAUUUUAGCCAUUGACCUUUUUAAAGAAAUGCAAUUCUGUGGUGUUCUACUAAAUUAUGUUUGCAUUUUGAGUAUCUUACCGGCUUGUGCAAAUCUUGGCAAUUUGAGAAUUGGGAGAGAACUACAUGGUUUUUCCAUUAAAAGAUCAUUCACCUCUCAUGUCAAUGUUCAGAAUUCGCUUAUGGAUAUGUACACCAAGUGUGGGAGUUUGAAAGAGUCAAUUUAUGUUUUUCGACACAUAGAACAGAAGGAUCUUGUUUCUUGGAAAAAUAUUAUUCUUGGGUGCGUAAAAAAUCACUGUCAUAGAAAAGCUUUGAGAUUUUUCUAUGAGAUGCAGUUUUGUUGCUUUGACAUAGAUGAAACUAUCAUAACGGAAGUGAUUGGAGCGUUCUCCAAAUUGAAUGAGACAAAAGCUGGACUGGGAAUUCAUUGCUUUGCACUAAAGUCAGGAUUUUUGAAAUGUAUUUCUGUCAUGACUGCGCUUCUUCAAAUGUAUGCUAACUUUGGAAGUAUUGAAACAGCAAGGAUUUUAUUUGAUUCUCUCAGCCAGAAAGAUAUCAUUGCUUGGAGUGCAAUGAUCUCGGCUUACGCCCAGAGUGAGCAACCCAGUAAUGCUCUGGCUAUAUUUAAACGGAUGCAAUUGGAACAUGGGAAGCCUAAUGAAUUUGCUUUUCAUAGUUUACUACAGGCUUGUUCUUCAAUGGCAGCACAAGAUGUCGGAGAAACUAUACAUACACAAGUUAUGAAACUUGGUUAUACAUCUAAUGCAUUUUUAGCAUCUACACUAAUUGAUAUGUAUUGUAAAUUUGGAAGAAUACACCAGGGAAAAACCAUUUUUGAUGAAAAUCCUGACAAAGAUCUCAUAUGUUGGAGUUCGAUGAUCAAUGGUUAUGGGAUCAAUGGUCAUGGAAAUGAGGCUCUUGAGUGUUUCUUGGACAUGUUGUCUCAUGGGAUACAACCAAAUGAUGUUGUUUUCAUAUCUGUUCUGUCUGCUUGUAGUCACUGUGGCCUUGAAUACGAGGGUUGGAACUGGUUCCACGCAAUGGAAGAGAAAUAUGAUAUUACUCCUAAACUUGCACACUAUGCUUGUAUGGUGGACAUGCUUAGCCGUCAAGGGAACGUAGAAGAAGCGCUUGAGUUUGUGAAUAAAAUGCCCAUUGAGCCAGAUAAGCGGAUAUGGGGAGCUCUGCUUGCUGGAUGUAGAAAAACUCAUGGAUCGAGUGAAGUUUCUGAACUAGUUGCCAAACAACUUAUUUCUUUGGACCCAACAAACGCAAGCUAUUAUGUCAUUCUAUCAAACUUAUACGCAGAUCAGGGCAGAUGGAAAGAGGUAGAAAAGUUGAGGCAACUAAUGGAUGGAAAGAAGAGAAAGAAAGGGAUGGGUUAUAGUGUUAUUGAAGUCAAUGACUUGAUGCAUAGAAUGGAAUUAUAAUGAAGAGCAGGAAUAUAUUCAACAUUCUCGUGUCAUUGAUGUUCUUCACAGAUCAAUUGCCCAUUCCAGCUCCUAGUUCUCGGUGCGCCAAGACCAGGAAUAUAUUCUAUUGUGCACUGUUAAGAGUUCCACAUUGAUAAAAUAAGAGAGAAAAUAUGGGUUUAUAAGGUCAUGGGAGCCCCCGGGAUUGCAUCCAGAAGAUCUAUGUAAAGGAGGAAACCACCUGUUCUGCAGCCUGCAGGAGCAUGCUAAAGGAGGGAAAUGCAUUGUUUUCACUCAAACAAAACGUGAUGCUGAUAGGUUAGCAUAUUCCAUGAAAAGAAGCCACAGAUGUGAAGCAUUGCAUGGAGAUAUCUCACAGAACCAGAGGGAGAGAACACUAUCAGGUUUCAGACAAGGUCACUUCAAUAUAUUGGUGGCCACUGAUGUUGCUGAACGUGGUUUUCAUCUGGCAACCAAGAAAGUGUGAGAGAGCGGACACUCAUGGAAGAACAUGCAAGAGACAGUUUUGAGAAUCUUCUUUUUAGUGUUUGCUGGUUCAGGGAAUUUACUGGUUCCUAUCCGCAGAAUAUAACAUUUAGGCCAUUUGUCAUUUACCUCUUUUAGAAUUUUGUGCAUUUGUCAUUCUGUAAGAGGGACAAGAUGCUUGAAUCCAUUACUACAUCAAUGGACUCUAUCUUGGACACAAUGAUGGAAUAAAUGCUGAAGAUCUAUGGAGGUACAUUGGGGCAUUCGUCGUGGGCCUAGAGCUGAAGUUGUCAAAGAGUUCAAGCUAACUACAAAAGGACUCACUAUAGAAUUAUUUCCUAUUUUGUACAUAUUGUUUUAGAUAUAAGCCAUAUUACUUGUACAUGAAGCUUGCAACAUACUUUAAACUAGCCUACUUGUGUUGCAUGUUGAAGCUUGGCACACGCUUGACAUUUAUUGCUUGAAAUUUUAUGAAAUCAAUUUUCCAAAAUCACUUGCUGA